GCUUGUCAAAGUCAGGUGUUAAGAUCUGACAUUUGUGUAAAAAGUUGUCAAAUUAGAAAAAAUGAGAAGGAACGAGUUAAAAUUAAUUAGAUUAAAGUCUGAAAUAAUGUUUUUAGUUUAGUUUGUAGAACAUAAAGAAAUGCCAAAAUGUUCUCCAUCCGUGGACAACGAGUGGUACAUAAGUGCCUCAAGAUUUUGAGGUUAUCUUUUGUUAAUUUUAGAAGUCAGCACAAUUUGCAUAAUUUAAACCCAGUAAGGACGGUGGAGAAGACCAUCGAGAACAACACAAGUAUAUUUGUUGAGAGCCCCAUACAUGUUAAAAUUCAACCCAUCGACGUACACAACAUAAAAGCUCAUAACAAGUUGGUAAUGACAUUGUAUAGCCAAGGUAAGGGAACGAACGAUUUCCAGGUGAAACAGACUUCCAAAAGAUUAGAACUGCUUAACAAGAACACCUCUUCGGACAGGAGCGAUGUAUGCUUAAUACAAGUACCAUAUCAGUUGAAAGUGCAGGUCACGACAACAGAUAAAGCGUCGGUGGAACUAGGAAAGUUAGAAGGCGAGGAGUUCGUCGUGAAAACUGACAAAGGGAAGGUUAUCGUGAAAGAUCUGAAAGCCCAUCGCAUCAAAGUAGAGAGCAAUGAGGGAGAGGUGGUGACUGAAGGCCGGUUGCAGGCAUCACACAUUGAACUCAAGACUGGAUUGAAUUCUGGCAUAAGCUGCAACAACAUAAUGGCGCAGCUACUCAACGUGAACACACACGCCGGGCCCAUUGUAGUGAAGUCAUGUUACAGUGACAAGUCUCAUUUUACUACUCUAAUGGGUAACAUCCGUCUGGCCCAUCUUCACAAAAAUGUUAUGAUAGAUGUGAUUCAACAAGGCAACUUGCACAUAACAUAUUUCUCAGGCAAUCUACAGGCUUCAUUGAAGAGUGGGGAUGUGUACAUGCUGGCAUCACAGCUGGUUGACAAGAGCAGUAUUUUCAUACAUGAGAAGGGGAAGGUGGAAGUGUUGAUUCCAGACAUACUGAACAAUUUGCCGGCUACUAAUCUUAUAGCUGAUAAGAUAUUUGUUGAUGACAAAAUAUUGAAGUUAGGUAGAUUUAUGGAUGACUCUCACCCUAAAAGAUUUAGGUUUGAGAAGGAACCACAGAAUGAGUUGCAUGUAGUGUGUAAGAAUGGCUCAAUCGAAUUGAAGGAAACAACUCUACCCUUUGGGAACAUCAUAUCAACCUGUACUACGGACUAAUUAUACCAGAGCCUGCUUUCUUGUAUUGUAAUCUGAUGUAGAUUUGAGGACACUUGUUAAUUAAUUAAAUAAAUAUAAUAUUGUUAAAUGUAACUGUAAUGUUUAUUUGUUUUUAUCAAUAUUCUGGCCAGUCUACAAUUUGAUUUAUGAAAUACUUUUUGUGUAUUUAAUCAUAUUGUUGCAUUUCUUCAUACCGAAAGGUGAAGUUUGUUGUUUGUACAGUACUCAUAUGCAUAACAUAUAUUAUGUGUACAUGUUAUACAUGCAAUCAAAACAUUUAACAUACCUAUUAUUUCUCUAGCUGUUAUCACUGUGUUGUGUCUUCCACUGCAUUAAUAGAA